AUGGAUCUUAAUUUUGGUGAAAUAAUCGUUAAUCCAGUGUCAAGAGCUUUCUUUGAUGAAUAUGAUGAGAACAUCCAGUUCAAUCAACCCGAAAUAGUUUGGAGCAUUGAUGAACAUCAGUGGAAUCAUGAAAAAAGUAUUGAUCAUUUUGUUGUUGUCGAAGGAGUAAAUGCUAAAAAGCUCCUUAAAGAUACAGUUUUAAAUGGUACUCCAAAGUUAAUCUGUAAAGUAAGAAAAGUAGAGAUCUAUGAAGUUGAUGAAGCGACUUUACUUUGUGUAGCCGAAGAGCAAGAUCUAAAUUAUGUUGCAUCCAUUUCUGAUCUACUUAAUACAUUCAUUAAUAAAGCAAAUACAGCAACUAUUAUAUCCCUCCAAAGGACAUCUGAUUUUAAAGCUGAUAGAAUUCCCGAUGGUUGCAUUAUUAGAGGAAUUAAUUCUAAAUUAGAUGAUGUGGAGCAUUUAAAACCCCCUAAUUUCGUUACUGGAGUAGGUGGAGCAGUCAGUUCAAAGAGAUUGAUGAACAGUCAGGCAUUUUCAUGCUACAUAAUUUACAUUGAUAUUUUUGAUAAGAUAACGGUUGAAAAAAUCCUGACACAUCUUAAGCGCAUUGGAUUGAAGUAUGAUGAGAAUGUAAAGAUUCAAGCAAUUCAAGAAAAAAGUAACUUGUACAUGUGA